AUGCCUUCACUUGAGAUUGCUGUUGCUCAGCCUGCGUUCCAAAAUCAUCUGGGUACACUGAGGGCUCAAACCCCUCUUCAUGGUAAAGUAAUUUCAAGUCCAUUCACCUUUGGAAGUGACAAGAAACUGUCCUCUGCUUGGAAAUCUUCUCACAUACCUACAAAGUUGAACUUCAACUUGGGGCACAUCAACAUCCCAAAGGGUAGUCUUCUCAUUAAGGCUGUUGCUACUCUUGAGUCCAAAAGUUCAGUUCAGAAUGAGGAUGCACACAUGGGUUACAACAAUUCACAGCUCGGCACGGAUUCUAGUCCCUGGACAGUUGAACCCGAAUCCUCAAGUGAAGAUACCGCAGAAUUGGAUGAGAGGGAGAGGUUAAGGCGAAUGAGGAUUUCUAAAGCAAAUAAAGGGAACACGCCAUGGAACAAAGGCAGGAAGCACAGUCCUGAAACCCUUCAGCUGAUCAGAGAGAGAACAAGGCUUGCAAUGCAGGAUCCUAAGGUCAAAAUGAAGUUGGUGAACCUUGGACAUGCUCAAAGUAACGAGACAAGAGUUAAAAUUGGGCUUGGAGUGCGAAUCGGGUGGCAAAGGCGGCGUGAGAAGCUAUCAUUGCAGGAAAAUUGCUGCUUUGAAUGGCAGAACUUAAUUGCUGCAGCCUCUAGACAAGGCUAUGACGGCGAGGGGGAACUGCAAUGGGAUUCCUACAAGAUCUUCGAUGAACAGCUUAAAGAGGAGUAUUUAGAGAGUGUUGAACAAAGGAAGAUAAUGCGUAGGCCAAAAGGAAGCAAGAGAGCACCCAAGUCUCUUGAGCAAAGGAGGAAGAUUUCACAAGCAAUCUCUGCAAAAUGGAAUGAUCCUGAUUAUCGGGAUCGUGUUUGCUCGGCCUUGGCUAAAUAUUACGACUCAUCAUAUGGAGCAGAAAGAAAGCCAAGGAAGAAGCCAAGUAGUACUACAGAGUCCACAAGAAGGAGCCCUGCAAAGAAAAAAGUUAGUGAGGAAGGUGACAUUAAAAUCCAAAAUCAACGACUGAGGUUAAGGAGAAGUAAAGCACCCAUGUUUAAGGAUCCUCUGACAAGUUCUAAGAUGGAGAUGAUAAAAAAUAUCAGAGCACAAAGAGCAGCUGCUGAAAACAAAAAAACUGAAGCCAUAGAAAGAGCUAGGUUAUUGAUUGCUGAAGCUGAGAAGGCAGCCAUGGCCCUUGAGGUUGCUGCAACAAAGAGCCCUGUCGCUCGAGCUUCUCUCAUUGAAACCCGACAGCUUAUAGCUGAGGCAAUUCAAUUUAUUGAAUCUAUAGAGACAGCACCGAUUUCUUCCCAUGAGAAUGAAGAUUCUUUAGUUGCAUCAAAUCAAGUGAUUAGUCAGGAUGAGAAGGAAACAUACACUGGGAUUGGGGGUCUGACUGAAGCUGAGAAUCGAAGGGUAAAUGGCACCCAAACAUUUUCUUCCCAAGAGAAUGAAGACCCGUUAUUUGCAUCACAUGAAGACCCUUUACUUGCAUCAAAUGAAGACCCUUUAUUUGCAUCAAACAAAGCGAUUAACGGUGAGAAGGAACCACGUAAUGUGAUUGCCGGUCCAGCUGAAUUGGGGGAUGUAAAGGUAAAUGGCACCAAAAUCUUAUCAUCAAGUAAGGACGAGGACUCUGGCUUUGGCAAGUUCACCUUGGAGGACAUGCUAAAUGGUGAAGAGGACCUUCCCCCAUUGCAGGAUAUGCUAAAUAGUGAAGGGGACCUUCCCCCAGUGAGCCCCAGUGGCUAUGGUUUGCCUCCAUUUAGUUUUUCGGAUCUAAUGAAGCAAUCGGAUCAUGACCAGUUAGCACCAAAUGGGAACAGUGAAAACAACAUGGAGCUUCAACUCAAUGGUACAAAAGUUCAAUCCCAAGAAGAGGAAACGCCUUCUAAAUCGGCUACUGCAGCUAAAAAGUGGGUUCGGGGGAGGCUCGUUGAAGUAGGAGAAGAAGCUUAG